AUGCCAGAGCUAGUCCAGGUUUCCAAGGAGGAUGCAACGGGUGCAUCAGCAGCCGAGACAGCCAAUACCGCUGUCGUCAAGCCUCCCAGCGAGAAGGAGCAGCUCCUCGCACUGCUUCGUCACAACUUUUUGUUGAUCGAGCGUAGUGUGUCGCAUAUCGAGCAGCGCUUCACCGCGCGUGUGCUUCGCACUCUUCCGUACGUCAGGAGAAAGGUCGGCGCCUACCCGGAGGUAUUGGCGCUGGCAGUUCAGGAAGGCAUCCUAGCCAACGGUCAAGACGAUUCAUCGAUCCAGAAGCACUUGCUCUCCUUUUUGCCUGCCCCCUACAAGCCCGAGCCUCCUUCCGCCAGCAAUGCCGGCUCGACUACGACGGCUGCUUCCGAUGCAAUGGAUAUCGAUUCUGCCGAACCUAAAGCUGAAGCUGACAAGGACGCCAAGACGACUUCCGCUGCUGCGGCACAAGCCUCGAAGCCCGCCCAGAGGCAGCCUGAAGCUCAACCCGAGUUGGUUGCCUACCUGCGUCUGCUCACGCUCGUGCUUCUGAUCGACAACAAGAAGCUUGAUGCUGCUUCGGACGAGGCAGUGGCAUCUAUCUCGACCAUCACGGCACAAAACCGUCGGACGCUUGAUCACCUCGCCGCCAAGACCAUCUUCUACCUUGGACGUGCUCAGGAACUCAAGGCGGAGCAGGCGCAGGCAAAAGGCACACGCGUCGAGGGGGGUCUCACUUCUAUUCGAAGCCAGCUGCUUGGCUUGCAGCGAACCGCGUCGCUGCGUCAUGACACUGAGACCGAGGCGACGAUCAUUAAUCUGCUGCUCAGGUCGUACAUUGUCGAGGCCAACUUGUACGAUCAGGCGGACAAGUUGGUAGCUCGUGCUCCAUUCCCGCGAUCGAGCGCCAGCAACCCGCAGGUGGCUAGGUACGAUUACUAUGUAGGGCGUAUUCGUGCGGUGCAGCUCGACUACACGCAGGCGCACGUGCACUUGCAGCAAGCGAUUCGACGUGCUCCUCAAGCCUCGCUUCCACAAGAGUCGGGUAGUGCUGGCAGCGAGGCCGGCGCUAAUGGCAUCGCCGCGACCACUGCGGUUGGCGGAAAGAAGGAGGCAAGCGGCAAGAAAGGCUCUACCACGGUGGGCCAGUCUCAACCUGCAGCUGGUUUCUUGCAGACGGCCUAUAAGUUUUUGGUGGUCGUCGAGCUGUUGAUGGGAGAAAUUCCGGAACGAUCCAUCUUCCGCACCCCGGUGCUGCGCAAAGCGUUGGCACCUUAUAUGGAGAUUGUUCAAGCGGUGCGCGUCGGUGAUCUGCAACGCUUCCAAUCGACGCUGCAACAACACACGACGCUCUUCCAGACGGACAAGACGUUGUCGCUGAUCGUUCGACUUCGACACAAUGUGAUUAAGACGGGGAUUCGGAUGAUCUCGCUCUCGUACUCGCGUAUCUCGCUGGCUGAUAUCACGCACAAGCUACACCUCGAGUCGGAGGAGGACGCCGAGUACAUUGUGGCCAAAGCGAUCCGCGACAACGUGGUGGACAGCCGAGAUACCAGGGUGGACCACGAAAAGGCCGAGAUGGUCAACAGGGAGACCAAGGAUCUGUACGAGACGGACGAGCCCAUGCAGCAGUUCCAGCAGAGGAUCCAGUUCUGCCUGCAGCUGCAUAACGAAAGUGUCAAGGCUAUGAGGUAUCCGUUGAACGGUCAUAAGAAGGAGCUUGAUAGUGUGGCCGAGGCGCACGAGCGUGAGAGAGAGCUGGCUGCCGAGAUCGCGGAUGGCGAGAUGGAUGACAGCGAUGACGAUUGGGCAUAG